UGGUAGUUUCGCUUGUAAUGAAUUCAUCCGUGUGGAGCUGAUGCAUCCAGGUGACAUGAUGGAUAACGAUUGUGAUGGAAAGAUCGAUGAAGAGAUGCCAGGUUCGGAUGUUGAUUCGGACAAUCAAAUCUCAGAGGAUCUACGAAGAGGGGUAGCGGUGCACGGGGUGUGGGAACAGUGGGAGAGGUGGGGGUGCGAUGAUGAGUGUACUGGCAAAUUUAUGACCAGAAGGAGGUACUGCUACCAGCCCCUCCCCUUUUAUGAGGGAGCGCCAUGUCAGGGUCAUGACCUUGAGACGAAGGACACGCCUUGUAUGAGUGACAGAUGUGUUGAGGAUGUGUGUCCCCCUGGCUUCUAUGGAAGAGCAUGCGAGCAUCAAUGCCAGAAUUGCGCUGGUUUUUGCAACAGACGAGAUGGGACGUGCCCUCUGUGCAGACCAGGAUGGAUAGGUUUUCAUUGUGAUGUGGCAUGUCCGCCCAUGACGUACGGCCUUGAAUGUCAACAUUCCUGUAGUAAAAAAUGUAACGGCAAAGACUGCAUUGACAGGGUGUUCGGCUAUUGCCAGCCAGCCAUGGACCUUAUAGCUUUUAUGGUCGUCUACUACCUGCUGCUAUCCAUCGUACUUUCUGGAUUAUGCUAUCUCAUGUUCUGCUACACAGUAGAGAAAAUAGAACGUACGGAGAUAGUUACUGUCAAACGGGUAUCUUCGAAAGAAUUUACAUUGACCAAACAAGUGUAUGAACACUGCUGACCAAACAAGUAUAUGACCAAUAUUGACC